AUGGAGCGGAACAAUCGUUUUCGCGACGUAAGCUACCGCCAUCUUAACCGGAAGUCCCAGUUGGUUUUUGAAGAGACACUGAAGGAUGGAACAUACAUGACAGAUGUGGUCUUGGGGCUUCCUGGAGAGGAUGAGGAUGUUGGCGAGCUGAGCGAGCAGAAGCCUUCAAGAAGGGAAAUAAGAAGAGACUGCUAUCGGUGCGAUCCCAUAAAGAAACCCAAAUUCACCAACAUCAACAUGGAGUCAUACAACAUCUCACAAACCAUGACAAAUGAGACACAUUUAAUUAUCCCAGAUGCAGCCCACUACAUCAUCGUCAUUCUGUAUGCGUCGGCCACCUUUCUGUCAUUGAGUGGCAACCUGCUGGUCAUCUGGGUCCUGACCAUGGGCUGCAGAACCAGAACAGAUAUCACCGUGUUCCUCAUCAACCUGGCUGUAGCUGACCUGACCAUGGCCAUUUUUUGCAUUCCCCUCACAUUUACCGAGGUUCUCUUGCAACGGUGGCUCUUUGGGAAAUUGCUCUGCCCUCUGGUGCGUUUUGCACAAAUUCUCUCCGUGUCUGUCAGUAUCUACACCCUCAUGACCAUUGGUGUAGACCGUUACUACGCUGUUUGCCAUCCAUUGAAGUCUCGCAUGGGUCGCUCCCGAAGUAAGAUAUUAAUUGCUGUGAUCUGGAUGGUGUCUUUCAGCAUUGCAUCUGUGCAGUUAUUUGUAUCGAGGGCUCAGUACGUGAGUGUGGAAAAUGAAUCUGAAAUGAUCUGUUUGGAGACUGGGUGGCCCAGCAACACUUACCGGAAGAUCUACACGCUCUUCCUGCUCCUUUUCACUUACAUGUUACCCUUAUUCAUCCUCACCAUAACGUACUGGAAUGUGGGGCUGAGGUUGUGGGGUCGAAGACCACCUGGAAAUAUGGACAGAAACAGAGAAGCUCAGCAAGACAAGUCAAAGCGAAAGGUAAUCAAGAUGCUGUUUAUCAUAGUGGCUGUUUUUGCUCUUUGCUGGCUACCAUUCCACAUUUUCAGUGUUACGUACGAGUUCAAUCCUGCUGUGCUGCCAAAUGAUCCCAUGGAUAUUACUGCCCUUUACUUCUUCUCCCACUAUCUGGCCAUGUCACAUAGUUUCUGGAACCCACUCAUUUAUGGAUUCUACAACGAUAAUUUCAGGGCUGACCUGCAAAGAUUGUGCAUUCGUUUCAAUCCAUCCAGAUGCUGCCCUCACAUCUAUGGGGAUAAUCUUUCAACCUACAGUGACUCGGAUAUCUUUAGGAAAGAGAAUACUAUAAGUGUGCGUCUGAGCUCAAUGGAAAGCUGUAGAUCUCUGGUCUCCAGGAAGCAACCCAUUGUCCCCACUUCCCAAACAGUCCAAGUUCAUGACUUCACCUGA